CUCAUUCCUGCUCUGAGCAGAAGGCAACAAGCCCAGCCCGGCACCUGGACUUAAACACAGCACAUAUAUAUAUAUUUAUAUAUCAACAGGACGACAUGAAGUGCUGCCUUUUGGUCACCGCUCUGUUAAUAAAUGCGCACCUUGGCGCAGCUCGCAAAGCGCAGUACGCAGUGGAUUGCCCCGACCGCUGCGACAGCAACGACUGCAAGAGCACCACCCGUUGCAAGCGGACUGUCCUGGACGACUGUGGCUGCUGCAGAGUGUGCGCGGCUGCGGCCGGAGAGACUUGUUAUCGCACCGUGUCUGGCAUGGAUGGGGUUAAAUGCGGACCCGGCCUCAGGUGCCAGUUCUUCACCGAAGAGGAUGACUUUGGGGAUGAGUUUGGCAUCUGCAGAGAUUGUCCCUAUGGAACUUAUGGGAUGGAGUGCAGGAGGACCUGUAACUGCCAGUCUGGAAUAUGUGAUCGGGUGACUGGAAAAUGCCUGAAAUUCCCAUUUUUCCAGUUAACUGGAGGCAAAACAGCAAACAAACAGAAAGUUUUGCCCAGUUCUGAUCAGGACAUGGCAUCAGGAGAUGGGCACAAUGAUCGAGAGGAGACCCUGAAAGAAAAAAACAGUCACUCAUCUGGAAUAAAAUGGUUAAACCCCCGCUGACACUAACAUUUUUUAAAAAACAGGACUUUAAAGAGAAAUCUGAUGUGAUUCAUUGCUAAGCCGCGCAGCAGAGAGAUACAGUAACGGAACGGCUGAGUUUUCUAUGAGAAUCCCAACUCCAUGCAUCACUUUAUACAUUUAUCAGCAAAAUGUUCACGUUGCACAUUCUUUUUUUUCCUGCAAAGCAAAUUCUAUUUGGUUGAAACUUUUUUUUAUAAUGUAUAAUAAUAUAAAAAUUUAUUUUGAACAAGUUUAAACUGAAUGGCAAUAAUUUGUAUUUAAAAAUGACCUUAUAAAGGUUUAAUGUGUUUUUUUUCA